AUGGCAAUACCCAAGGUAUUAAGACAUGCUGGUGACUUUGUGUAUUUAUUCAAUUUGGUUGAUACUUCUGUUCUUUGCACUGGGAUAUGUAACGAUGAUUUGGUGACAUUGGCAACCACUGGUAAUCGCUGUGGUAUCUUUAAAGAUCGUCAAGGAAUUGUCAAGGCCCAGCUUCUUGAUG